GAUACUUCAGACUACAGUCCUGGUCCAUGAUGUCUGCUGUCAUUCAGAUCUCAGUCUGACAGAGGGGGGCCCGCAGGAGGGACGAUGUUCCAGCCCCAGUCAGGCCUGCACACGCAGCUGGGGAGGAGGCAGGCGGAGGAGCAGGAUUACUGGGGCCCGCGGCCGCGCCUCUCCCCCUGGCACCAGCCGUACCCCCACGCCGCCGUCGCGGGGGGCUUCUACAGACAGCGCACUCCAGCCUGGCAGCAGGCGCAGCCAAUGCGGAAGGUCCAGAGCCACCUGGAGAACUCCAAAUUCCACCUCCACCAAGCCCAAGCCCAGCAAGUGAAGCAGUACCUGACCCUGGGCUCCAAGCUCGCCGGCCAGGGCCACGCUGUGCCCCACUCCCACCCCGGGCAGCCCCUGGGCUCUGUGCCCGUGAUGCGGAAUGGGCACCUGCCCCCCGUGAGCGACAGCAGCACUCCCAACAGCCCCGUCACGCUGCUCACGUUGGCUGCCAGUCACGACAGCGAGUUUCCAAUGGAUGAAGUUAUUGAUGACUUAAUUAGCCUUGAAUCCGGUUUCAAAGAUGAGGGCUUGGGAUGUAUGGAGCCUAACAUCAUAAUGCAAAACAAUGUGUCCCUCAACAGCAGCAUGCUGGAUGUGUACGGCGGUGACCAAGGUAUGACUGCCACUAAUGGUGGAAUGACACCCGGUUCAUGUCCCACAAACCUCACUGUAAAACGUGAAGCGACAGAACAUGACACAAGAGUUCUAGCCAAAGAAAGGCAGAAGAAAGACAACCACAACUUAAUCGAAAGAAGAAGAAGGUACAACAUUAACUACAGGAUCAAGGAGCUCGGAACACUGAUACCAAAGUCAAAUGAUCCUGAUAUGCGCUGGAACAAAGGGACUAUUUUAAAGGCGUCAGUGGAGUACAUUAAGUGGCUUCAGAAGGAGCAGCAGCAUGCCCGGGAGCUGGAGAACAGGCAGAAGAAGCUGGAGCAGGCCAACAGGAGGCUGCUGCUGAGAAUCCAGGAGCUGGAGAUCCAGGCCCGCGCUCACGGCCUCCCCAGCAUGGCCUCCUCUCUGGGGGCAGUGGAGCUGUCCUCACACCUGCUCAAGCAGCAGCACCAGCAACAACAGCAGCAGCAGCAGCAGCAGCAGCAACAGCAGCAACAACAGCAGCCGCAGCCGCUGUACCAGGAGGACGUGAACGGCGAGUACAUGCAGCGGGCGGCGCUGACGCAGAUGGCGGCGGCUGCCGAGCACGGCGGCGACAGUGCCACCACCUUCUCCGACCCGCUCUCGCACUUCACGGACUUUUUCAGCGCCACGCUCAAGGAGGAGCACCGCCUGGACGAGAUCCUGAUGGACGACCCGCUCUCGCCCUUCGGCGCCGACCCGCUGCUGUCCGCCGCCUCGCCCGACGCCUCCAAAGGGAGCAGCCGGAGGAGCAGCUUCAGCACGGACGACGGCGACGACCUCUAAUCUCUCCCCCCCGCCCGCCAACCCGCCGUUAACCCCGUACGUGCCCUCCGCUCCCACGUCCUGCGUCAGGCUCCUCUGCUGACGCCUAUUUCCCAGUUCCCUUCACGGCCCUCCCAUCAUGCUGUUGGUUAAGAGACAGUAUAUCGCCAUCUCUUGGACUGCGCCAACGAAAGAGACAGUAACAGAAAAGGGAGAUAGCUUCAGCAUUGUGGUGCAUGUAUACUCUCAGCACACGGACUUCAUUUGUAAAUACAGUGUAAAGCAACAAUAAACAGCACAGGACCGGAGGUAAAAUGUCUAAAAAUGCAGACGUCAACCAGAAAACUGGAAACACUGGUUGUCUCUCUGCUACUGUCACUCUGACAGGUCCUUAUUUAAAGCUGUUCAAGUUAUUUUAUGUCCAAAGACUUACCGCACUGCAAAUGUAACAAUUGUACUAGCCAAAAAAAAAAAGAAAAGAAAAACUA